CAGCGCUCGAAUCGUAAAGUUGUAACCGAACGUGUGGAGCGGAAAGUUGUGUUUCCCAUUUUUCACUCGCUCGAAGUUUUACGCGUAAAAAAGAAAAUUUAGUUUUGUGGAGUUGUGUGCACGUGCAGUUGCCUUUAAAAGGAAAAGUCAGACAAAAAACGAAAGACUUCGACAACAAACGUGAUGACAGAGCAUACAAAAAUGUACAGCCCAAUGCUGUGGCUGCUGCUGCUUGGCGCACUGCUAGUCUCACAGGUGGCCACACAGGAACCAGCGGCGUCCAAUGAAUUCGCACCGCACGUUACGGCCACGUGCAAGGCGGGCACAAUGAACAUCAAAGUGAAGUUCAGCAGCGGCUACACGGGUGCUGUACAUGCUCGGGAUCACCGGACAGAGGCCUGCAUGACAAUGGGCGAUGGCAGCGAUGCCGUGGCCUUCAGCCUCAAUCUAUGGGCCAAGCAAGGCGCACCCGACUACUGUGGCAUAUUGGUCAGCAACGUGAGUGGACACAAUCGUACCGAGGAGCGUUCCAUCCAGUUGGCAGUGCGUGUGCACAAGACUCUGGAGUUGGCCGAUGAUAAAUUUUAUGUGAUUACCUGUGGCAAAUCGGGCUUUACACGCGAUGACAACGCCCAUGUUGUGCUCAAGUUUCUUGAAAAUGAUCACCGCGUGCGUGAGACGGUCUAUGGACAUCAGUAUAAGAUACGCGCCGAGUUCUCUAAGCCCAAUGAUACAUAUGGCCUGCGUGUGGGCAAUUGUUUUGCCUUCGACAAGAAGAACAUCACACUCAAGCUGACAGAUGAACGCGGCUGUCCCUACGAUUCUCAGCUUAUCAGCCGUUUCGUGCCCACUGCUGAUGGACGUGCUGCUGAGGCAACUUUGACCUCUAUGUUCAAGUUUCCUGAAGGCUCCGAAGUGCACUUACAGUGCGAUGUCAUACAAUGUUAUGGCCGUUGUGUAGAGUUCGAUGAAUGCAGCGCCGAUAUAGCUCUGGCCGGCUUUACCAAGGGUAGCAAUGGACAGCGUAAGCUAGGUCCCAAUGAAGAAGGUUCCAGCAUAGCAGGCACCACUGUAUUUGUAUUAGAUCCAGCCGAGGCGCGCUUGAUUUCGUCGAACUGUGACGAGGGCAUCAGACCCACCUGGCUACUUUGGCUGGCCAUCACUCUGGGCGUCUUGUUCCUCAUCAUGUUGCUCAUGAACAUUUUCCUUUGCACGGCCAUGAGCUGCAGUUGUGCCAACACAGAGAUCAUCGAGAAGGAGCCCUCCAUUAUUGAGGAAUACGAUCCAUAUCGCAGCUGGCAUGGAAGUCAGUAUGGUUCGCGGUACUCGCUGCACGGCCGAGAUGCGCAUAAGGGCUACACCAGCGGUGGCUCAACGAUACACUCAAAUAGGUCUGAUAGAUAUUAAGCUGCUCUUCAACACACACACACACACAAGCUCGCUCUACUGUUCUACAUACACAAAAACCAAACUGCAUCUACAAAUACAAGCAGUACGCUGCUCUGCUCUGCUCUGCUCUCCUAUCACAAAUUUUCCGGUAGCUGUGGAGCGACACACACACAAAAAGCAUGCCUACAAAAACUUUGUAUUGUACCUCUGUAUCGUAUUGGUUGUAUCUUUUUUUAACCCAACUGAUGUGCCCGCCUUCUGCUGGACCAAUUUUACAAACGACAAGAAGACAACACAAUUUGUGUUCACAAAACCAAUCUAAAAAAGAAAGAAAGAAUGAAAAGCAACAAAAAGAAUAUAUUUCGUGCCUAGUAAUGCAACUGUAAUUAACCGUUAUUAAUUUGCAUUUGUUUAUGAUUAUAACUAACUUUAAAACUAAACUUAAAUCUCGAACCAUUUCCGCAGCCCCGCCCCCAAAAAGCUAACCAUCAACCUCAAAGAUCUUUUAACAAUCAAUUAUACUUACAAUUGACUUGCCUUAAAAAUAGAAAUUUCGCAUAAAUUAUCGCAUAUCUUUAUACUUGUAUGUAUUCCAACCAAACCACUCAUUCAACGUACAUACUUUGAAGGUCUAUACCAAUUGAUAACGAUUAUGCAAUUGUACAUUCGCGACCCGGCUCUAGACAUUCCGGUUUACAUGGACAGCGCGCCCAUCGCGGACCGCCCAGUAAUAUAUAAUAGAUAUUAAUGGAGUUAGCGACUACAAAAUUGAUAUUAAUGUUUAUACCUAUCGUCCUACCUAUGUCUCUAACCUAAGCAAAUUCUUAGUACAUACUUAUUUUUCCCCUUGCACUUAAGUCUCAAAUGUACAUAAUUAAUUAAAUGCGCACAACCGCCUUUUGCUUUUCCAAAUUGCUCUACAAAAUUAAGAUAAAAUAUGUCGCCAAUGUAAAAUACUAAAACAACAAAACAUUACACUAAUUUAAAGUUCUUUUUACAACAUUUUUUAAAAAAUGUAAUUAAUUUUAAAAGUUAACUAAACAUAAGUCAUUAGUCUACCAUAAGUGCGAAAGAAUGUCUGUUAGCGAAAUGUUUCAAGUGCUUGUAAAAAGGCGAGCGAGUUAAAGUUUAAAACGAAUUCGUGAAAAAAACAUUAAGCAAACAUUUGAUGUGUGUAUAUCGUGAAUUAAUUUAUAAAUAAGAAAUAAAUGUAAUUAAAACC